AUGGUGAUUUCCACUUCUACUAACGCCAGUACCUAAGCCAUUCCACUUAAGGUUGGACAGGCAUUUAAUAAUUUCUUAAACUUUUAAAAUACAAAACAAAGAAAUUUUUUUUUAUAAAAAAAUAUAAAUAACACAUAACAUGAAUAGAAUUUUAUUUUUUUCAUGUAUAUUUUAAUUAAACAAUUGUGUUUCAUGUGAUUUUUUUUAUAAUAUAUAUUUUUUUUUUCAAGUGUUUAUGGGUAUUUUUGCAACAAGUAUCCUUAAAAAUGCUGCCGAAGAAAUCUUUGCUGCUGAUAUCGUACGGAAUACUAUUAGUCUUGACAGUAUCAAAUGCUUUGAAAGGAUCAAGAACUAAAGUAAAAGUAACAACAACCAGCACAACUACAACUGAGGUACCCGAGGAAGAAGAAGAGAUCAACGAUGGAGACAAUAUUGACGAGGUAUCAACAAUUGCCAACGAAAUAAAUGGUACAACCAAACGCACUCUCACUGGUAUUCCACAAAUUGAUUAUGUUUGGGAUCCUAAUUUGCCAAGAGAAUUGAAUGGAUAUAAUUUAAGUGAAUAUCCAUUUUAUAAUAGUAUUCCAGCAGAUAUUAAAUUUGCGUGUGACGGGCUUCAUGAUGGAUUUUACGCAAGUGUUCCACAUAAAUGCCAGGUGUAUCAUCAUUGUCUUUUUGGAACACGCUACGAUUUUCUAUGCGCAAAUUUUACAGCAUUUGAUCAAAAAAAUUUCAUUUGUCAUUUUGUAUCAGAAGUUGAUUGUGUUAAUUCAAAAAAAUACUGGUAUCGUAAUGAUGUUCUUUAUCAAGCUGCCUCAACAACAACAUCAUCAACAACAACAACGACAACUUUAGCACCAACAACUGUAAAAACACAAGUUACUACACCAACAAAUCAAGUAACAAUAGCAUCAAUGGAAGGCUCACGACCAUAUCGUCGAAGAAGACCUUACAGAAGGCGACCAUCUUAUGAUUAUUAUGAAGAAGAAUAUUACGAUGACGAGUAUGAACAACCAAGAAUGCGUACUAAUUAUGAAAGACGUAAUAAUCAUGAAUAUGAUGAUCGAACUUAUAUGAGGGAACGUGAACGUGAUCAUAAUCGUGAUAGAAAUCAAGAUUUUCAAGAUCGAGAUCGAGACAGAAAUAAUCGAGAUCGUGAUAUUCCCCGAAGAGAGCCAGCAAGAGAUUACAAAGAUUUCGGGUCCAAUGUUCCAAAUGAGAGGUUUUCAAAUCGAAACACUAGGAAAGAAUUUUCAAGCAAUGCUCGACCAAUUAAAGAUUUUGGACGAGCUCCAGUUACAGUCCCAUCACAAGAAAAAAAAAAUGACUACGAUGAAGAGGAACCAAUAGUUGGAAGCUCUGAUUCUUCAAAUAAACCUACAGCUCCAAAUACAUCUGUCUAUUCAAGACCAAGAAUACCAUCAAAAAUACGAAGACCAGUUCCUUUAUCAGAAAAAGACAGAUUUGCAUACAAAACGACUCAACUGUUAUCAUCUGAUACUCGAAAAACAACCACUGAACCAGCAGUUCCAUCAACACCAUCAAUGGAUGAUUAUGAUGAAGAUGGCAUAGAAGAAAUGCCUGUACGUCGACCAAUGAGACAACGAAAACCUUAUCGUGAUCAUGAACGUAAUCAUCGUGAUCGAAUUUAUUCAUCACGUGAUGGAGAACGUGAAGUGCGACCCAGAAGGAUUCAAUACAAUGCAAAAAAUGGUAAUGAAAGAAGUCCCACGGCUUAUUCUGAUCAAUCACGUAAUUAUCCAGAUAUUAUUCAUGGCAACAAUAAUGGAUCUUUAUCUUAUAACGAAGAAGAACUCGAAUUAAUUCCUAAAACUUCUCCAAGUCUUCCUAAUUUUGUAAGAGAAAUUCAAGAACAAGAAAGUGUAGAUCGUUCUUCAGUUUCAACUAAUUUAAACACAUCUUUUGUUAUUCCAAAAUCUCAACAUCUACAAGAUGAAAGAACAACAAAAACAAAAAUUCAACAAAAUCAAUAUAAUAUUAAUAAUAAUAAUGAUAAUUAUAAUAUUAAUAAUUACAAUAAUGAUAAUAAUAAUAGUAAUAAAGAUUGCCCUGAUCAUGAAAAUAACAAUGAUAGCCAUUAUGAUUAUCGUGAUAUCAUCGAGAAUGCAAAACAAUCUCAGGAUAAUAAAAACUCUGAUGAAUCACAAAAUGAGUCACUUAUUUUUGAUGAUCAAUAUGUACAGAGAAAUAAUAAACGAUCAGGUAUUAAAAAAACAUUUCUUCCAUCACGAGGAAGAUACAAUAGUCCAAGAGGUUUAUGCCUUGUAGGUGGAAAAGCAAGUGAACAUGAUAAUUCAAUAUUAUUAGCUAGAAAAAAAAAAGAAUCAACUCCAAAUUAUAUACCUUUUAUUGAAUCACGAUAAAUUUCUUUUUUUAAUUACUAAAGUUUGAUUGUUAAAAUUCUGAUUAAAUAUAUUUUAUAAUUAGAGUGCUGAAUUAAACAUUCUUCAGCAAAAAUAUUGAUAAAAAGUUAUUUUAAAAUUGUAAUGAAAAUUAAAAAUUAAAAAUUUUCAACGUGAAAAUCAAGGAUUAUUUGUGUAAACAAAAAUAAUAUCAGAACAAAAAGUAAAAACCUUGUUCAUCAUUUAUAAACUCAUGUACUUUGAUCAGUCAUAAACGAGAUUUUUUUUUUAUCAAACUUUAAAGUUAUAAUUGGAGGUUUAUUGUUUUACUCCUAUCAAGUGACAAAUUAUUAUGUGAAUGCUAAAAAUAGUCUACGGAAAACCUUGAAGUUUGAUAGAAACUAGUAUAUAAUUCUUCCAGUUAUUUUAUGAAUAUUAUUUUUAUUAUUUUAUAACUUUUUAAACGUCAUUCAAAAUCAAUGAAAAUGUGUAAUCAUGUUGUAAAACGUGUCUAAACGUGAUUAAAUCUAAUAUGUUUUGCUAGACUUAUUAAUUUGUUCUGUACAUAAAUUUCAACAGUUUUGUAGUUACGUUAGAUAAACAAAAAAAAA